AUGGAAAAUCCUGGACUCGGCACUUUGUCAAAAUUGCCACGCGAAAUUCGAGACAUGAUCUUUGAUCUGUCUUUCUCGAACGACGGAUUUGCCUUUCCACUCUACAGUGGGCUCAUCCCAGUCACCAUCAAAGAAGCAGAGUUUACCGUCUCCCAGAAAGUUCCACUCGCCAUGCGCAGAAGGGGUAGACGCCAGUUUUAUCGAGAGUACCUCGAGGCACACCUGCGCAGAACCACCAUCAUAUGCGGAGGGCGGACGGUCGAUGUCGGAAACUUGGAGUACAUACUGAUUUGUCUGGGCCAGAUUGCCAAUGUUGCUUCACAUACGAGGAAAAUCAUCCUCCAGGCCGACACAAAGAUAUCAUCUAGGAACUGCUAUACGCAUCAUGAGUUUCUCAUCAGAUAUGCGGUUAUGCUCAAGACUUUUAACCGCUGCGUUGCUCGAUUUGGCAUACCACCAAGUAGGUUGUCAAUUCGAGUCCGUUAUGUUGACAUCACACAAGAACUGAAUGGAUUCAUCCGCGAGAUGACUAUGGCUUAUGCUUGGGGCACACAUAGACUACGAUCAUGUGGACUGAAGAUUCACGACUAUACGAUCGAAGUCGUUAUGGGAGAUGAAGUACAAUCCAUCCAGAAUAUGGAACAAUGUUGUAGGGACAUGGAGAAAGCUGCAGUGGACCACAUACGCAGUGUUCUCCGACCUUCAACAGCAGCUUCUCGCUACCUAGUAGCACCUGGGAUAAUUGAGAGUAUCAUAGAGCGAGGUAAAGCAGUUGUGCAAGACACGUUCACAAGGGUCAAGGAGAAACACCUCCCUCUUAUUGAAGUGGCUACGCGAUACUGGACGAACAGGGAUAGACAGGAGCUUGAAGACGCUUGUCGCAGACUCAGAUGGAAAGAGAGGCAGGCCAGCAAUGAUUGA